AUGUGUCUGGCGACUUCUAGAACAUUGCUCAUGCUUGAUAGGUUUUGUUCUUGUUCAGCUACUUUGGUAUCGUGUUGCCUCAACAAUGCGGAUAAUCUCAGAGCUAGAUUCCGCUUCGUCGAAGACGACUCAAAUCUCCCACCGGAGUUGUCUAUUUUGGUCGGCCGUCAAUUUAGGGCUUCUGAAAAUGCGGUCUUUUCCAAGCCGUUCACCACCGGUAAAUUACCGCCAGGUGUUCGCGAAAAUGACCCUGAGAAAUCCUUCACUUUCUCCUACCUCGUCAGCUCAUGCGGGUUGGCUCCAGACGUCGCCGUCCGCGCCUCCAGUAAAAUCCAGCUGAAAUCGCCGGAAAAACCAGACGCGGUCUUGAAUCUCCCCAGAGAGUACGGAUUCACGGCCACAGACAUCUCUGUAAUGGUCACCCGGUGGCCGAACGUUCUCUGUGCCUGCCCAGACAAAAUCCUUUUGCCCAAGCUCGAAUUUUUCGCCUCUAUUGGUGUCCCCCUCCCCCUCCUGGCCAGCAGUCUGUCCCGAAUUCCUUAUGUCUUAUGGCACAACCUGAAGAAUUCAAUCAUCCCCUCUUACGAUUUCCUGAAAAACGGACUCCACUCCAAUGAUCUUCGGCUGAAGAAGUUAUCCUCGUGCAUGGAUCGUGCAAUAGAAAUGGGGUUUGACGUGUCCAAUAAUGCGUUUUCGAAGGCCAUUCGGGUUUUGGUGGGUUUUGAUGAGUGGACCCUUAAGCGCAAGAUGGAGGUUUAUAGAAAGUGCGGCUGGUCGGAAUAUGACAUCAGGACGGCCUUUCUGAGUCAGCCGCUCUGCAUGGCCUUGUCCGAGAAGAAGAUUUUGGUGAGUAUGGGUUUUUUGGUUGAUAAAUUAGGGUGGGCACCAGGUGAUGUGGCCCGGUGCUCAUGGAUUAUUGGGUACAGCCUCGAAAGGAGAAUGAAGCCGUGCGUUGUGCCCCAUCUCGUCGGGCUGCCGCAAGAACUCGAUUCAGGCGCCAUCUCCAUUGUUACUCCGGCGGGGAACAACACCGAAACCCAAAAUCCCGCUCAAUGUCGACUCAAUUUCUUCACGAACCGUCAAGGGCUCUGCACGAAGACCGACGACAGUUCUAAAUCGAGCCACAAUAUUGACGUCCACGGAGGGCAGAGGCGCCGGCGGUUGUGCGUGGUGAGAGAAGAGAGGCGCUGCGAGGCUGAUGUACAGAGGGCAAAGGUUUAG